AGGACGAUGUGGACGUGGACGACGUGCUGGCAGAGGAUACAGAGGACUUCACUAAAGUCGAGACUGUCAACGAUGUAAAAGUCGACAAGGAUUCUGAGUCUGCCACUGAGGGCGAGACGCCUACUGAGAAGAAGGUGGUGAAAAUAACUCCUCCGGCGUCUGCCACUGAAAGACUACAGAAGAGAGCUGAACGUUUCAACCUGCCGGCAACAGCUGAAAGCAAAAAGGCCAUACGUGCAGCGAGGUUUGGGUCAGCGGCCGAAGCUACCUCCCCCUCUCCAGGUGUCGUUGCAAACAGUAAAGCUCCUGUGAACGUCGAUCAGCUGAAGAAGAGAGCAGAAAGAUUUGGCAUGAACGUUUCAUCCGUUUCACAAAAGAUCGAAGAGGAUGAAAAGCUGAAAAAGAGGAAGGAGCGGUUCGGGGCGUUAAGUGCAGGUUCAGUCGGUUCAGUCGGUUCAGCCGAUGUCGAGGCGAAGAAACUGAAGCGCGCUGAACGAUUUGGAAAUGUGUGAAUGAUGUUUUAGACCGUUAUUGUUGUUUUUUUUCUUCUGUUUUUUUUUUUUUGUUCUUUUGGUAAAACAUUUUCAUGGCUGCACAACAGAGACAACAACUGUCGAUUAAAAGGAUUCCUGAAAAAUCUAAAGUAUCAUUAAAUACAAAGAGAAAUAGGCGAGUGAGAUCAGUUAUUUUAAUUCACGCAACCAGGAACUAAAAACCAACCUGCGUCUAAAAAUGUCUCAUUAUCAUAAAUACAACAAGGGAAAUUAGAAAUAUAAAAUGUAUAAAAUCAAGUUGAACAACAGAAAUAUUUUGGCAUUUUAAAAAAAAAGUAAAUCUUGUAUUUGUUAAUUGGAAUUAAUGCAAUUAAACAUUUUGUAAUAAUCCAUUUAAAUGAUUAAACUGACCUAUUUGUAUUUACUGUGUGUAUAUUGUACUUUUGAUUUAUCAGAUCGGCCUGUUAUUUUGUUUUUUUGGUGGGGGGGGAUAUCAUUGGUACACUGAUUCAGUUAUCUGUCCAUUUUAUAACCUUUUUGUGAUUUAAAAUAAAUCGUUUUCAAUUUUUUGCUA